AUGAUGCCACAUAUGAUCAGAAAUCCAUCUUGGCCUCCUUCAUCCAAUCGAUUGCAUCCACCGGGAUGCACGCCUGCCAGCCUCAUGGAAGCCCCUGAGCCCCUCGGAACGGUCGAGCCAUUCCAGCCAGCGACCAACAGUCAUCCCGGUCCCGUGUUCGAGUGUGGUGAAGGGGUCUUCCAAUCCGUAAACGCAGGCAAGUACAACAGUUUUGAGAACAAUUAUAUGCCGUUAACGUCCAUGCCUUGCAGUUGCCCUGCUGAAUCGCUAUCACGUUCGGACCUAGGUGGCAAUGCAGUUUCCUCCAGCAAUCAACUAACGAAUUCGUCUGUUCGAUCAAUGCCUCCGUCAUCACCGGGAUGCACGCCUGCCAGCCCAAUGGAAGCCCUUAGUCCCCUCGGCACAGUCGAGCCAUUCCUGCCAGCGACCAGCAGUCAUCCCGGUCCUGUGUCCGAGUGUGGUGUCAGGGUCUUCCAACCCGCAAAUGCAGGCAAGUACCAUAGCAUAAAGAACAAUACUCUCCCGUCAACGUUGUCUGCUUCCAGCCAUGAUUCAUCUGGCGAUAGUACAUACAAUGCUAUUUGGAUGUAUUACCAAAACGUCCGUGGCCUAAGGACGAGGAUAGAUGAACUGCUUCUAGCGACAAGCGAUUGCCGCUUCGAUGUGAUAAUCCUGACGGAGACCGGAUUGAACAACAGCAUUACCUCGCAGCAGCUGUUCGGUUCUGGUUUUAAUGUGUACCGCUGUGAUCGGAGCCCCGCCAAUAGCGAUAAAUCUCGAUUUGGAGGCGUUUUGAUUGCUAUUGCCCAGCGAUAUGCCAGCAGGGUUGUGCAUACGGUAUGUGGUCGAGGGUUGGAGCAAAUCUGUGUGUCGUCGACAAUCAAAGGUAGGAAAGUAUUGAUUUGUGGUAUCUACAUUCCACCGGAUAAAAGCCAAAACGUGAGUAUUAUCAACGAUCAUCUCUCCUCGAUGAAUGAGCUUUGCGAGAAAUGCUCACCCGGUGAUGCUGUAUUGGUAUGCGGCGAUUAUAAUCAGCCCCACAUGAGAUGGUGUGUAGCUGAAAACUCUAUUCAAUGCAGUGUUUCUCUACUACCGGUAGCUAGCAGCACUCUGUUGGAUGGAAUGGAUUAUUUGUGCCUCGUCCAAAGAAAUGUUGUCCGCAAUCAGCUUGAUCGCACUCUCGACCUGGUUUUUUGUUCACCAGAUUGUGAAGCUGUGGUGAACUGCUCCUUGGAUCCGUUAUUGCCCGUUGAUUCUCACCAUCCACCACUCGAGUUUUCCAUACCCGCAUGCUUGGUACGUGAUGAUGGGACUGAACGACCUCCUGAAAACAGACCCUUGAACUUUCGUAAGCUAGAUUUCGUAGCCCUUUUGGAAUAUUUGCAAACUGUGGAUUGGACCGCUGUUACUAACUGCUACGAUGUCGACGAUAUGGCUGAAAGUUUUUGCACCGUCUUAAAUAACUGGCUUGUUUCAAAUGUCCCUCGAACCCGACCGCCAGUCUUGCCUGCCUGGAGCACUCCUUAUUUGCGGAAAUUGAGACGUGUUCGCAAUGCAUGUCAACGGAAACUUCGCCACCAACGAACACCUAUCAGUAUUCGAAACUUUCAACGAGCUAGCAAUGCAUACCGUUUUAAAAACGCCUCUCUGUACAAGUCGUACGUUUUGCGUAUUCAAAUGGGCCUGAGGAGAAAUCCUCGUGGUUUUUGGCGUUUUGUUAACUCCAAACGGAAAAGUCAUGCAAUCCCAGCGAAUGUCUAUCUGAAUGAAGUACAUGCUGUUUCUGCGAAGGAGUCGUGUCAGUUAUUUGCCAAGCAUUUUUCAUCUAUAUUCGCUACAGACCCCGCUUCAACGUUGGAUAUUGUAAACGCAACCCGUGAUGUACCCGUUGACGUCGUGGAUAUUGGAGUGUUCAAUAUUAAUCCGGAGAUGGUCAAACUGGCAGCGAAAAAACUUAAACGAUCGUUUGUUCCAGGUCCCGACGGUUUACCAGCAGUUGUAAUUUGUCGCUGUAUCUGCUCUCUCGCACAGCCUUUGUGUGAUAUUUUCAACCGUUCGCUACAGCAGGCCAAAUUCCCGCGUAUAUGGAAGCAAUCGUUCAUGAUACCCGUUUUUCAAACGUGGCGAUCGUCAUGAUGUUACGAACUACCGUGGCAUCACUAGUCUAUCAGCUGCUUCAAAACUGUUUGAAACUAUAAUGCGUGGAAUACUUCUCGAAGCUACAAAAAGCUACAUCUCUAAUGAUCAACACGGGUUCAUGCCAAAUCGGUCAGUCACUACCAAUAUGCUUAUUUUUACGUCGAAAUGUAUUACGACUAUGGAAGAUAAUGCACAAGUGGACGUAAUCUACACAGAUUUGAAGGCAGCGUUUGACAAAAUUGACCAUAGGAUAUUGUUGCACAAAUUGUCCCGUCUCGGAGUCGCUACGCAUUUAAUUUCUUGGUUGGAGUCUUACCUUUCGGGGCGAGAGCUUCGGGUGGCAAUUGAUGGCUGUGUUUCAUCAUCGUUUUCCAAUAAAUCUGGAGUUCCUCAAGGAAGCAACCUCGGGCCACUACUGUUCAUUCUGUUCUUCAACGAUGCAGCUUUGGUUCUAGACGAAGGAUUCAAGCUUGCCUAUGCUGACGAUAUGAAAUUGUAUAUUGUGGUUCGUACCGAGGAUGAUUGCAGGCGCCUGCAGAAAUCUUUGACAUUAUUUGCAGACUGGUGCAAUAGAAACAAAUUGAUUUUGAGCGUGGAGAAAUGUCAAGUGAUCACCUUUCAUCGCUUGAAAACCCCAGUUAUGUUUGACUACCAUAUCAGUGGAAAUGUUUUGAACAGAGUUACCAGUGUAACAGAUUUGGGAAUUCAGCUGGAUGCAAAAAUGACUUUCGAUCUGCAUCGAUCUGAAAUUGUUUCUAAAGCGACCCGACAAUUGGGCUUCAUUUCCAAAGUAGCCAAGGAUUUCUCGGACCCGCACUGCUGGAAAUCGUUGUACUGUGCUCUUGUGCGCCCAAUUUUGGAGAAUGCUUCGAUCGUAUGGCAUCCUUAUCAAGUUACGUGGUGCAUCAGGAUUGAGCGGAUACAGAAACGAUUCAUUCGCUUGGCACUCAGGAACUUGCCAUGGAGAGACCCCGACAAUCUGCCACCAUAUCCUGAUAGAUGCCGCCUACUGGGACUGGAUACGCUGGAUCGACGACGAAAAGUACAGCAAUCCUUGAUGAUUGCAAAGCUAUUGAAUGGCGAAACUGAUGCUCCUGACCUGCUAUCUUUGCUGAAUAUUCGUGCACCUAUCAGAUCUCUUCGCGAUACAACGUUGUUGCAACCGAAUUUCCAUCACACCGUGUAUGGUUACUAUGAACCUAUGUCUGCGUGUAUCCGUACGUUUACGGCAGUUGAGGAGCUUUUUGAGUUCAAUGAGUCGUCAGGGCGUUUUGCUAAUAGAAUUAGGUCUGUGUUAAACUAGAUUAGUAUAUUUUAUUCAUUAAGACAACAUUGUCAGAUGGAUUAUUUUAAAUACAAAUACAAAUACAAAUACAAAUACAAAUCCAAUCCAAAUCUAAUAAAAAAAUCAAUCUUUAUCUAAUCCAUAUCUAAUUCGAAUCCAAUAAAAAUCAAAUCCAAUCCAUAUCCACAUUCAAUACAAUUCAAUCCAUAUGCAAUCUCCAUCCAAACCAAAUCCAAUCUAAAUCUACUCAGUAUCCAAUCAAUAUUCAAUCCAAAUUCCCUCUAUAUCCAAUUCAAAUUAAAGCUUAAUCCAAUCCCAAUCCAAACCAAAUCUCAAGAUCUAAAUAAAAUCCAAUCCAAAUUCAAUUUAAUCCUUAUCCGAUCCAAUACCAAUCCAAAUCCAAUUCAAACCAACAUUCAAUCCAAUUUAAUUCAAUUAAAUCCAAAUCCCAUCCUAAUCCAACCGAAGUCCAAUGAAAUCCUAUCUAAAUCUAAUCCAUAUCUAAUGCGAAUCCAACCCAAAUCAAAUCAUGUCAAAAUUCCAGCCAAAUCCAAAUCAAAACAUAAUUUUAAUCCAAUCCAAAUCCAAUCUUAAUCCAAUCAAAAUCUUAUUCAAAUCCAUUCCAAAUUCAAUCUGCAUUAAAUUCAAAUCCAAUCCGAAUCCAAUCCAAAUCCAAUAAUUUUAAUCCAAUCUUAAUCCAAUCAAAAUCUUAUUCAAAUCCAAUCCAAUCUAAACUCCAAACCAAACUCCAAAUCCAAAUCAAAAUCCAAUCCAAUCCAAAUCCAAUCCAAACCCAAUCCAGAUUCAAUCCAAAUCCAAUCAAAAUGCAAUCGAAAUCCAAUCCAAACCAAAUCCAAUCCGCCCGCGAAAGCAAUUGAGUUCCAUCUUGUUUUAAUUCAAUCUAAAUCAAAUUCAAUGCCAAUCACAUCCAUUUAAAAUCCAAACCAAACUCAGCCUAAAUCAGAACCUAAUCCAAUUCAAAACUAAUUAAUCUUCAAUCCAAAUCCAAGUCUUAUCAGAUUCCAAUAAAUUCAUUUCCAAUUCUAUCAAAUCCGAUAAAAAAAUUAUGGAAAUUUUAUUUCAUAUCCAAAUUAAAUUAAAAUCCAAUACAAAUCAAAUUUUCAUUCCAUUGAUGCGAUGGGAACACUCUCUAAGUCAGCUUCAAUUUAAUUUUGCUCAGACAACCCGACAGGAGAAAUUUCUCCCAACUGGCGAAAGCCCUCUAUCACAUUCCCAUUUCAUCGAAAGUUGGCCGCGAUCAACACCCGGCUUAUGUUCCGAAAAAGUAAUUACUUGAAAGAAUCUCGCUAUCCAAAUGACUAUCACAAUACAAUCCAAGCUCAAUACCAAUCCAAACCUAAGUCAAUCAUUACCAAUCCUAGGCCCAAUUUUCGUCCCAUUUUUGCGGUGAGAAAAUUCUUCAAUCUACCCGACAGAAGCCUUUACAAUUCAUAAUUACAUUAAGUUUGGAGAACUCUUCCCCAACUGACAGAUAACCUUCCGUUGAUUCAAAAGCAGAACGGCAGAACUCUCAGUCUACAUCUACAAGGUGUUUUUCCAUCCCAUUCACAUGGCAUCGAAAUUCAACAGUAGCCAAAUCCAAUUCAAAUCCAAUCCAAAUCCAAUCCGCUCCCGAAAUCAAUUGAAUUCCAUCUUGUUUAAACUCAAUCUAAAUCAAAUUCAAUGCCAAUCACAUCCAUUUAAAAUCCAAACCAAACUCCAAAUCCAUUCCAAAUCCAAUCCAAAUCCAAUCCAAAUCCAAUAAAAAUCCAAUCCAAAUCCAAUCCAAUUUAAACCCAAUCCAAAUCCAAUCCAAACCCAAUCCAAAUCCAAUCCAGAUCUAAUCCAAAUCCAAUCCAAAUCCAAUCCAAAUCCAAUUCAAAUCCAAUCCAAAUCCAAUCCAAAUCCAAUCCAGAUCUAAUCCAAAUCCAAUCCAAAUCCAAUCGAAAUCUAAUCCAAAUCCAAUCCAAAUCCCAAUUCAAAUCCACUCCAAAUCCAAUCCAAAUCCAAUCCAAAUUCAAUCCAAAUCCAACCCAAAUCUAAUCUAAAUCCAAAUCCAUCGCAAAUCCAAAUUAUUCCAAAUCCAAUUCAAAACCAAUCCAAAUCCAAUUCAAAACCAAUCCAAAUCCAAUAAAAAUCCAAUCCAAAUCCAACCCAAAUGCAAUCCAAAUCCAAUCCAAAUCCAAUCCAAAUCAAAUCCAAAUCCAAUCAAAAUCCAUUCGAAAUCCAUGUUUAAUCCAAUCCAAAUCCAACUCCAAUCAAAAUCAAAUCCAAAUUCAACCCAAAUCCAAUUAAGAUAUAAUACAAAUCCUAUCUCAAGUCAAUACACAAUAGAUCCAAGCCUACUCCUUUUUUUCAAUCCAAGUCCAAUCAAUAUCCAAUACAAAUCCAGUAAAUUACUCAUACAGUUCUUAUCCAAUCUCAAUCCAUUUCUAAUCUUACUAAAAUUAAAUCUGCACCCAAUCUGAAUCCGAUUUGAAUCCAAUCAAGUUUUUAGACCAAAGUUAAACAGAAUCAUAUCAAAUUCAAUGCCAACACAAAUUGAAUCAAAUCCAAUUCAAAUUCAUUUCAAGUGCGAUCGAAAUCUAGUCCGAAAUAGUCAGCAGAAAUUUUAUCCAAGUCCAAUCAGAAAAUCAAUCCAAAUCAGUUGCAAAUCCCUAAUCAGUUCAAGUCUAGGCUCAAGUACAAUCCAAACCAUGGCCAAACUCAACUAAAUUUCAAUUAAAACAUAUUUUAAUCAAAAUGCAAUCGAAUACAUUGUAGAUCAAUCAAGAACCAUUUUAUACUGCUUUCAAGCCGUUUUUGCUUUGACGCUCCACAAAUUAUUUCCACUUUCCAACACUCUUUAUUUUUCUAAAUUUUCCAACCAGUUUUCAUUUUUUUUCAUGGGCCUCUCAAUAUGUUCUCCCCUUUUUUUCAUUCAUCGUUUGUUUUUCUACCAAGGCCGUCUCUCAGUUUUCAGUUUUUUUUUUGAAUGCUUUUACUAAUACAUUUUCUUUUUUUUUUUCAACCAUCGUUUUCGUAUUUUUUUUCUUUGCAUUUCGUUUUAUUUUCUCCUUUUUUUUCUCACAUCUUUUUUACCAAGGCCGUCUCUCUGUUUUUUUCUUCCCUUUUCCAAUACUUUUUUCUUUUUUUUUUUUCAAUUUUCCAACCAUCUUAUUUUUUUUCUUGCCUUUUUACCUUUUUUUUCUCAUCCAUCAUUUUUUUUUUUUUUACCAAGGCCGUCUCUCAAUUUUCAGUUUUUUUUUGCAUCCCUUUUCCAAUUCUUUUCUUUUUUUCAUCCAUCGUUAUAUUUUUUUUCUCUUUGCAUCUCGUUUCGUUUUCUCCUUUUUUUCUCGUCCACGUUUGUUUUUUUUUCCUAAGGCCGUCUCUCUGUUGUCAGUUUUUUUUGCUUUCUUUUUCCAAAACUUUUUUUUUCUCAAUUUUCCAACCAUCUUUUUCCGCCUUUUCUCCUUUUUUCCAGUUGACUGCCAGAUUGCUAAUUUCUAAAAGUUGACCUCUUUUCACACAUGUCCAUUCAACCCCCGUCUCUCCGUCGAUAUCCCAUCCAACCACUCUUUCAGUAAAGCCUUCCAUUUCCCUUCUUCCGCAAUAGAACAACGCAAACUCCCGAUGUACCCAAAUCAAACUCGCAUUCUGAACCCCAAUAAAAGCAACAACAUUUAAAUUUGCACUAAAUCACACUUUUCCACUUGCCACCGAACGAUUUCACCAAAUCAAAUAUUUUGUACAAAUGGCCUACCGGCUGUGCCAUUGUCGUAACGAAAGAUGGUUUUAUAAAUUCCACAUCUGAUCAUUACAACAAUAGAAACCAGACUGAAUCCAUCCACCUCAUCACGAAUCCCCGUACCGUUAUUUUCGACCCGUAUAGGCUCCGAGUCGGAACUUUCUCCCUCUCUCUCUUCCCCACACUGUUUUUCGCGCGAUGCUGGCACCGAAUGAGUGCUCUUCUGUUUUCGCUCUCCCGAUUUCAAUCAAAUUAAACUUUCGUUCAGUUCUCGAUCUUUCUCUUGUUUACACGCUGGUUCGUUUAGGGGUGCUUCAAACAGAAUGUUUGAUUUUCAAUACACACAGAUAUAAUUCUAAUCAUUUAAUCUAUGAAUCUUAUCACAUCCACUACACCGGUGAGUUCGUUCCUUAUUAUUACUUUUUAUAUUUGAACAUGACAUGUAUGGGGAUUUCGGAGGGGUAGCCUAAGGAAGUUAAAUGAACUGGUUUCCGGGCAAAUGUUCGUGGGGUGGCCAGACUUUGUCACGAGAUAACAAUUAUCAUGUUGUUUUCCGAAGGUCUCCAGUGAAUUUAGCUUACCCUGCUACAACAAACCAUCAGGUAGAUCAUUCCGUUCCGGUAUGACUCUGCAGCCAUAGGUAAUCCUUGCGCUGAUGGUGGGCACACAAUCAUCAUCAUCAUCAUCAUCAUCAAAUGCGAAAAAUAAAAGAAAAAUAUUUAUUAUCAACUGAAUGUGCAUUGAAAUCGGCGCUAGGACACAUGACGUGACGAACUUUUCAAUAUUAGUUAGAUAAAUACACAAAAACCAGAGCAGAAUUUUAUACAUCCUUUAGCAUUAAUUAUUAUGAUAAAAUCACAGACAAACAGACGUAACACUCUGAUAAUUCACAUCGUAUACCGAUUUAACGGUCUUUUUCAAAAUUUGAUAGUUGGUCAACUGCCCAACCGUGGCGCUCGCAUCGUUUUUGUUCGAGUUUGACGUUUGCUCACUACCGCCACCUAGUUGGUGGUCGGCCAAACAUAGGCCUUUUAGCAUUGGGCGAAUAUGUUUCCGUGACUAUGAUUUGAAUAGAAAAAUGUUCGAAUGUGUUACGUCUGUUUGUCUGUGAUAAAAUGGAAAGAGCUCACCAAUCAACAUCCUUCGAAGUGUCCAGUGCGUAUGUGCUGCAGCAUCUUCCACUAACUGGCCUCUUCUCCGAAAUCACACUGAAACGCUACAACUAUACACGGGUACGACGAUGUGUACAUUCAAAUUGACGACGACGACGACGCGGCCGGUCCGAAUGAAAAAAAGCGGCCUCUUCACUUCGCCACCAAAAUAACAGUAAACCUCCCCGUACGAAGAUAAGCACAGUCAAAUCGGCGACGACGACGACGCGGCCGGCCCGAAUGAAAAAAGCGGUCUCUUUACUUUGCCUCCAAAAUCACAUUAAACCGUCCCGUACGAAGAUGAGCACAGUCAAAUCGGCGGCGACGACGACGCGGCCGGCCCGAAUGAAAAAAGCGGUCUCUUCACUUUGCCUCCAAAAUCACACUCAGUUUCAUUGAUGGUUACAAAUUUCCGUUUAAUUUAUUGUUAAAAUUUCCGUUUAAUUUAUUGUUAAACUAUUAUGUAACAGUUUGGUUCUUUGUUAUAACUCUGAAAAAUGGAUUGUAAGUCCACAGUUUGGUAUGCUGUCUUACGAAAAUUUUAUUCGAGAAAAAUGCCAAAUUUUUAUUGUAACAUAACUUAAGGACAGACUUGUUAGAAUCUCAAAAUGGCCGCCACAAUGGCCGACUUUGGCACCUACUCACAAUUUCGAGGGCACAAAUCUCUUCGUAAACAAACCCAGCGCAGGAGCGGACCUGGUGUGAUGGUUAGAACACUUGACCAUCACGCCGAGGACCUGGGAUCGAAUCCCACUCCCGACAAAACUCGCAAAAAAUGUGAGUUCUUCCUUCGGAAGGGAAGUAAAGCGUGGGUCCCGAGAUGAACUAGCCUAGGGCUAAAAAUCUCGUUAAUACAGAUAAAAAAAAAAAAAAAAAACCAGCGCACCUGAUCUUCUUAUUUUAAGCUUGUUACGAGUGAGCAAGAACAGAAUAAUGAAAAGCACUGUUGUCUGAAGCUUACUUCUUGAGAUUUGUGCGCUUGAAGUUCUGAUGUACUGUUGAAACGGAAUUUCAAGACGUUUGUCCUUAACCGCCUAUCCCCCAUAUUGUAAUUUUUUCGAUAACCAUCUACCACACUGUUGAAAUUGUUUAUGGUACUGUUGAUUUAUUGUUGCUUUGGAUGUUAUACGGUACUAUGGAGAUACUGUAGUAAACAGUAUGGUAAACAGUACUAGUACGGUUCAUGGUUAUGCGGGGCAUUAAAGGGUGAUAUACGACAAUUCAAUAAUUCUCGGAUACUUUUUCAAAACGACGUAUCAACAUAGGAUUUGCGUGUAUUAUACGUCGUUUUGAAAAAGUAACCGAGAAUUCAACACUGCAAAAACUGAAUAAAUGCAAUGUACAAACUAGACAAUAUUGCUCUAACAAUACAAUUAUAAAAGCUUUACUCUUAUGGUAAACAAACGAAAUCAAGAAGAGUGAACAACCUUACGGUCAAUUCUAGCGGUUUUCAACACUUCUGGUUCGACUUCCUACCAACUUAAUCCCCGUUUGAACCACCGAUCGACGACUUUCUUCAGCAUAAGAUUAGUUUUAGAGAUGACCUUUUCUCUUUUCUGUUGACUGCUAUCGCAUGCCAAUAAUGAAACCACAAUUUGCAUAAUGAGCAGUGUGCGAAGGGUGUUUUAAUUUUCUUAUAUUGAUUAAAUAACAUGCAUAUAUAUUUAUCAGUGAUUUAUCAGAAUGUGAUUACAGGGAUCUAUUACACAUGACAUAGUUGCUUUACCCUCUACUGCAGGGGUUCUCAAACUUUUUCAGCUUGCGACCAACUUUUGAUUGUUACAGAAUUUGGCGACCCACCAGCACGUAUUUUCAUAACAUACGUCAAUUUAGCUUUCUUAGUUUUUGAUAAACUUACUUCAGGUAGCAUUUAAUCUUACACAUUUAGAGUAUUUUUUUUUGAAUUUAUAGUGCUCUCUUCGAUUUUUGGAAAAGUAAAAAUAAGCUUAAGAUCCUCGAGUGAUCAGUUUCAGUAAACUUUUUGUCAAAUCUGACGAAUGAAGCACCGAACUACGCUGUAUUUGUUUGUCCUGGCUUUGCUCACUUGUUAAAAGAGGUAGAUAGUUCAAAUUAGGCGCAAUUGUUUACGAAUUUUCAAGAUUAGUGCCCUUGAAAACAAAUUCAACCAGUCUAACUUCAUGCAAUACUAAACUUAUUUUACUGCUAUUAUAUUGAAAUAACUUUUGAGCUGUUCUUAUUUCUGUAUACUCUCAGAUUAUUGGAAUUCAGUAGAUUUUUACCGAAGUUCAGUAAAAAUAAACAAACAAUUCGGAGAACAUCAUUAAACGUUCUUUGGUUCCGUCUCGAUUUUUUUUUUCACAGUACACAAGAAAAACCCAAAAUUUUACCAGAAUGCUAAACUUUCUAGUUUCAAAAUCUAUUUCAGAACGCAGAUAGAAGUUUCGAUGUUCAGUAUACUAUAGACUAAGACUUAUAAUAGAAAAACUUUAAUAGAAUCAAUGAGACCUAAAUACUAGAAAUAACUCUGUAGAUUUUCCAAGAGAGUAUUUUUAAAUUGGAAAAUGGAUAAUAACAUCAUUAUUAACAUUGAUUACAUUGAUUCUCUUAUGUUUUGAUAUACACUAGAGUGCAAGUUGAUAGAGAGGCUGGGUUUGCCAAAAGGGUUCGCUACGCCAAGAAGAGGAGAUGGUUGAUAGUGAAUAAAUUGGCGCCUAUCUACUUCAUAUUAUUAGAUGAAACCUAGUGCUUCCAUGAGCUUGGUUUGGUUGGAUAACACCAGCUUUGUGCCCAUUUCCAUUCGAAUAUUGGUAUCUCAACGGCUGUUUUAUAUGCUAUACAUUUUGAAUCGUUCGAGGGAUUUCAGGUAAUCUUUGAGCAAACUAGCGGCUGCAACAUGGUUUUGAUGUUGUGUGUUUCCGUGGAAGGGAGGGGAAAUACAUAUGUAUGUUUGUGCUUCUUUAUUCAAGGCUCGAUUCUGAGUUACUAUCCUGUUUCAAGAAGAUAAGACAUUGAUUCGGUAAUCUUCAUUUGAACAAACAGAUCUUUGAUAUUAACCCUCGAGCGAUCGCGCUGUUGUAUUUUGUACAACACGUUGAAAAAAUCUCGCUUUUUGUACCCAGCAUUAGCGUGGUGCUGACGCAGGUAGUCAACCGCGCGAGUUACGGAAGGUUAAUAUUCGAAAAAGGAUUUAGAAAAUUGAGUGUAAUAUCAAAUGAAGAGUUUAAAUGAAACCAUUAGGUAUUAAAAUGAACAUUGUAUAAAAAGGAAUAAGUAACCCAAGGGGCGUCGUUGAAUAAAGAGAGGGAACUUCAUGUAUGUUUUGGUGGUUGGAUCAGAUUAAAACGAUAAAUAAGUUUAUAAUCAAGUUUAUAGAAAUCAUAAUCAUAACAAUUAUUAGAUUUUGGGUUUCUAGUUAGACAACUGAAAUGGUGUCGAAUUGAAUUGUGAAUCUGACUAAAUUUUUUGAUAAUGAUGAGUAAUUAUCAGAUUAUUCUUUGCAUACAUUUGGAAUAGUCUAUUUUAUGAGGCUAGUCAAACGGCAGAACUCCGCGCUCUGAUGUUUACGUUUUCAAUCAUCAUCCGGUUGAUGAUGGUUAAUGACUGCGCGCAAGUCAAGCGUAGUUUUUGAAACUGGCUAAAACAAUAAUUAGAAAUUUUUAUUUAAAUUCUUUUCGGCAAGUUAACGAGUCAAUCGCAACGAAAAAAAUACCUGAUUAAUUUAUGAGAUUUGUAUUGCUUCUGCAACUGCUUUUGAGCCUUUUUUGGCACCAAUUUCUCAUAUCUCCAAUUUGUCGCACAAGUACCUUUUCAAAAAUUACACGAGAUUCCAGCAAAACAAACGUGCGGGGACUUCUCUCAGUUGACGCCGCUGCUGCGAUCAGCUGUUCUGAAACGUCUCGUAAAAUAGCUUAUGAGCCAUUUUACGAAGUGACAACAAUGUUGAUGAUAAUAUUGGUUUUCACGGGUUAUUGGACGCUACCUCCUGUCAAAAUUCAUUCAUAAAAUCGGCUCGUAAAAUGGACUAUAGUCUAUUUUAUGAGGCUAGUCAAACGACAGAACUCCGCGCUCUGAUGUUUACGUUUUCAAUCAUCAUCCGGUUGAUGAUGGUUAAUGACUGCGCGCAAGUCAAGCGUAGUUUUUGAAACUGGCUAAAACAAUAAUUUGAAAUUUUUAUUUAAUUUCUUUUCGCAAGUUAACGAGUCAAUCGCAACGAAAAAAAUACCUGAUUAAUUAUUGAGUUUUGUAUUGCUUUUACGACAGCUUUUGAGUCAUUUUGGCUCAAAUUUCUCAUAUCUCCAAUUUAUCGAACAAGUACCUUUUCAAAAAUUACACGAUAUUCCAGCAAAACAAACGUGCGUGGAAUUCUGUCAGUUGACGCCGCUGCUGCGAUCAGCUGUUCUGAAACGUCUCGUAAAAUGGCUUAUAGUCUAUUUUAUGAGGCUGGUCAAACGACAGGAUUACGCGGUCUGAUGUUUACGUUUUCAAUCAUCAUCCGGUUGAUGAUGGUUAAUGACUGCGCGCAAGUCAAGCGUAGUUUUUGAAACUGGCUAAAACCAUAAUUAGAAAUUUUUAUUUAAUUUUUUUUUUCGCAAGUUAACGAGUGAAUCGCAACGAAAAAAAUACCUGAUUAAUUAUUGAGUUUUGUAUUGCUUUUACGACAUCUUUUGAGCCUAUUUUGGCUCAAAUUUCUCAUAUCUCCAAUUUAUCGAACAAGUACCUUUUCAAAAAUUACACGAUAUUCCAGCAAAACAAACGUGCGUGGAAUUCUGUCAGUUCACGCCGCUUCUGCGAUCAGCUGUUCUGAAACGUCUCGUAAAAUGGCUUAUUACAUUAACGUGGAGUCUGAGGGGCAGGGAUGGGAACACUCACUUUCAAAGAGUUACACUCACUCAGAAGCGUGCAAUCAAGAAACGAUGUAUGGACUACUUUUGCAUUGUGGAUUGUGGUUUUGUCUAAAACAUUGCCGAAUAGAGUAGGGGUCGCACACGCAUACCAAAGUCGUGACAGAGUUAUAAAAGCGACUCUCCACGAGGUGAGUGUAAUUUACAUUCACCUCGUGGAGAGUUGUCUUCGCAGCUCCCUCACGACUUCGGUAUGCGUGUGCAACCCCUACUCUAUUCGGAAAAGUUUUAGACAAAACCACAAUGCAAAAGUAGUCCAUAUAUCGUUUCUUGAUUGCACGCUUCUGAGCUGAGAAAAUGGCAAGUGAGUGUAACUCUUUGAAAGUGAGUGUUCCCAUCCUUGCUGAGGGGAUUUUGAUUUGUGCUUAAUCGAGUAUGGAGUCAUGUCAUUUGAAGGUUCAUGGAGUGCUGUAAUUGGUAGAUGGGUGUUGCUUUAUGAUGGUUCAAUGUUUAGACAUAUCAUUGUUCGCAGUUAAUCGGUGUGUGUAAUCAAAGAAGGAAAAUAUUAGAGGAAUGGAAUGUUGUGGCUGUUAUUUGAGUAAUGAGUGACUAGAUCGUUUGUGAUAUUUCGCGACGGUAUUGCUGUAAAUCAUCAAUAUUUCAAGUGUAACAACUAAUUAACGCUCCAACUGCUGAGAAGAAGGGAGAGAAGAAUAAUAAACUAAAAAGAAGAAGAAGGAAUAGUAGAACAAGGAAAAGUAUAUAAAGAAGAAAAAAAGAGAAAGAAGAGAAUAGUUACAACUAAAAGGCAAGCGAAUCACUACUUCAACUGUGCUUGAACGAAUCGAAGUGUACGGCUGGUUUGAAUUUGAAAAGGAGUUUACAUAGAGAUGUGGGAGUUCGACCACCGCGACGGCCGAUAUCAUCAACGCCAGCAGUCGACAAUUGAUUCAACCAUUUCAUCAGAUUCGUUGUCUGAUGUGUUGCAACGAUGAAGGGCGUUCUAUACUUGGCAUCGUCGUCCAGGAGUAUCGGUUGCAAUACCAACAUUGUAGCAACACACCGCAUCAAAGAAUGUUCAGCUGACCAGGGGCCUGUAGCAUAAUGAAAAUUUUACUAAUAAUAUUAGUAUUGUAGCUUGUAACUUAUAAUUUUCUGUUGCAUAAAAAUACUACAAGUACAAGUUACAAGUCCAAUACUACAAGUCGGUUGGACUAAUAUUAUUAGUAGAAUUUUCAAGUGUAUGUUGCAUAAACAAACUACAAGUAUAAAAUAUUAGCUAUAACUUGUACUUUUGAUUCCAAGUCUCCAAGGUCUUGUAAAAUAAUUUACAAGUUAGAUUUAAAGUAUUGCAGAAGUCAUAUUUAGUUUUGAAUAUAUCGAUUUACCAUUUUGAUGAACUCAAAAGAUAUUAUUUAUCUAACAUGUCAAACUUAAUUCCAGUUUUCGACGAUUAAAUUUGGCAGUAUGUAUUCGAAACUCAUUGAAGAGAAAAUUGCGUUGUGGUACACUUUGUAUCCAAAAUAUAAUUUCUGCUGAGUCUCUCAAGUUCUCCAAAGUUUCUACAAUAUCCAUCUUUGAUUGGAGGUUCUUGGUAAAGUUACAUAUUAUGGGCACUGCAUAAGCACAGAUAAAUUUGCAGAUGCGAAAUAAAUUUGAAUCAAUUGCUUGUAUUGCGCAUCAUUAAGCUAAUCAAGAGCUACAAUAUACAAUUUAGUGUGGGUCAUCGGAACCGUUUUCUCAGAUCAAAGUUUUUUUGGUUCCGUUACGGGUCCUGAGUAUCUGUGCAAAAUUUGAGCACGAUCGGUUACGUCUACACUUUGCGCAUUGCAAUUGAAAUUUGUAUGGGAUUUUGUAUGGGAAAACAUACUUUUUUGCAUUUUUGUCAUAAGUUGAAAAAGUUUGUCUGAAACUUUUUAACCGAUACUGUAAAAUGAGAGCCUAGCAUGUUCUGAAAAACUUUGUCGAAGACCACAAAGCAAUCGGAUGCUUGUGAAAAUAGUUAUAACCAACGAACCGCAUGCAUGUGUUUAAGUUUUAACAUGUAAAGGAAUAACAAUAGCAACAAAAUCAUGCUGUUUCGACAAGCAAUGCCAACGCUAUAACUUUUUUCAUAAGCAUCAGAUCACUUCGCGGUCUUUGACAAAGUUUUUCAGGACACCAUAGGCUAUGUUUUCACUUUAUCGGUUAUAUGGUUUUAGAAAAAUUCGAGCUUGCUAUGAGAGAAAUGCAAAAAAGUGUGUUUUCCCAUGUAAAACCCCAUACAAACUUCAAACGCGAUGCGCAAAACGUAGACAUAACCGAUCGUGCCCAAAUCUUGCACACUUAUUUGGGUCCUGAAAUGGGAUCAAAAAAGCUUUGAUCUGAUGGGAUACCAUUGAAUUUUUCAUUUUUCCAUAUAAACGAUGACCCACUCUAAUAUACAUACACUAACUCGAAUCGAGUUGCGACAUAUAAAAGUAAGUAAAACACGGUGUGCCAAAAACCGUUAUUAUCAAAUAAAAAUGUCCACCAAUUUGGUACCCGUCAUUCGAAAGAUACACUAUCCUAUUAUCUACUCUGAAAAUUUGAAAAUCUUUCUGAAAAUCACGGUGUGCCAAAAACCGUUAUUAUCAAAUAAAAAUGUCCACCAAUUUGGCACCCGUCAUUCGAAAGAUACACUAUCCCAUUAUCUACUCUGAAAAUUUGAAAAUCUUUCAUCGAGGGAAAUUGAAGUUUUCGCCAUUUAAGCAUAUUGCGUUAUUUCUAUACAAUUUUCAUAUAUGAGUUAAUAUGAACAUAUCGUGGUUCUACGGCUAUUUGUGAUUUCAACAAAUAUAUGUACAUUAGUUUUUCAAAUACUUAUCAACAUGUAUGAUAUCCAAGCAUAGUUUCUGCAAAUUUGACAACAUUUUGUUAGAGGAAUCACAAGUUACAAUAGUUUACUCUGAUAUCCCAACAUAUUUCCCUAAUAUGUUACCUAUAUUUCAGUUACUUACAUAUGAGUUUCAAACCCGUAUACGUCAUCAAAACAUUUUUUUAGCAAUUUGUAAUGAAUAUACGUGAUUGUUGGGCAUAUAUGCGAUAAAUUUUGAACCAUUAUAUUGCUGGGUUUGAUAGGCACGCUGGCUUAAGAGUUUAAGACAUUUAUAAAAUAAUUUGAAAAAGUGUUAGGAAGAAAAUCAACCACAUGUUUAAAAUAUUUUCUAGUUUACCAUAAAAGAGUAAAACUGUGUCUUUAACAUGGAUAACCGAUCUUUUUUAAAAAUAAAAAAAUAUAUUCCAUCAGAUAAUUAGAGUUAUAGCUUAUGGUAUUGGGUAUCAACUCCAAUUUAUCAAAAAUUAAGUGAGAUUAUGAGAUUAUCAUAUUUACACAUUGUUGUUACAAAUUGUAACAACAACAAUAUAUAUAGUAGCAUGGGUAGAAAUAGACAUUUCACUCCUGCACACUUUUUGAGUUCCAUUUUGGCUACAUAUAAACUGUGCAAAAUUUCAGCACGAUCGGAGAAACUAUAUUUUAGCGCCAGCCGUUUUAAGUUUUCAUACAAUUUACUAUGGAAAAAAUCACCUUUUCAAAGACAAAUCGCCAAAGGUGGCCCCUUUCUUUGAUUGAGCUGAAAUUUGCACAGUUGAUAUGAGGGCAAAAUGGCACUCAAAAAGUAUACAGGAACGAGAGUUUUACCAUUUUUUCCUAUAUAACCGUGUCCCAGACUAAUACAUAUGGAACAAUACAUAUAAUCUUGUGUUUGACAUUUAGGUUGAAAAUUGCAUAAAAAAUUUAUAUUAAUUUUCCUAUAUUUCAAAAUGAUUAGCUAUUGUGAUUCUUGUCGUAUCUAAUUCAAAGUUAUCUUUGAAUAUCAUACACGUUGGAUAGUAUUUGAAAAACGAAUGUUUAUUUGGGUUGAAAUUAUAAAUGGCCGUAGAACUACGAUAUGUGCAUAUUUACUCAUGUAAGAAAAUCCUAUAGAAAUAACGCAAUAUGCUCAAAUGACAAAAACUUCAAUUUCCCUCGAUGAAAGAUUUUCAAAUUUUCAGAGUAUAUACUAGGAUAGUAUAUCUUUCGAAUGACGGGUGCCAAAUUGGUGGACAUUUUUAUUUGUUAAUAACGGUUUUUGGCACACCGUGAAAAGCUCAAUUUUUGCAUCCCAGAUCACUUCGGAUUUUAACAAGAAGCAUAAAACAUGUUGCUAAAUCUUUAUACAUUGCUUUUCAACCAGUACUAAAGCAUGUAUCCGCAAUAAUCGGGACACAGAAGUAUGGCUGUAGCUCUGUAAUGAAUCGAUAAUAUUGGCCAAAUAAUUGACUGAGAACUCUUUGGAGUAUGUUUAUUAUUUGUGCCAAAUUUCAUAUAAAUCGAUGCAUUACUUUUAACUGUGGAUGAAAAACAAACAGACGUGGUUUUAAGCAUUCUGUACAAUCAUGACCAAUUUUCAUUCGCAUAAUAGAUGGUUCUUUUACGCUACAGUUCAAAGUUCUGCAAUGACAAUAAUGAAAUUUCGUCUGCAGUUAUGAUACUUAUAGACACUUUCUUGCAAAAUUUCAUCAACUUUGAUCAAUUGGUUUGAAAGCUGCUGGUGUUGGUAGGAGUGAGCGUUAGUGAAAAAUUUUCGUGUUUUUCAUGUGCGAUGUUUGCUUAUUCAUAACUUUUGAAUUUUUCUGCUAAUUUUCAUGAAAUUUUCACAGAAGAUAGUUGAUUAUAUGUAUAUUAUGCCUGCAAAAUUUGAUGAUUAUUGGUAUAGUACUUUCAAUAGUUCAAUCGAAAGAAUAAAGGGUAUAGUACUAAUUGCUGUCUGAGGGUCUAAAAUCACGUUCGGACCCAAUGCAUGUUUCGGCUAUGAAAUUGAUGAUGGUGCAUCGAUUUUUUUUUUGAAACUUUGCCUAUGCAACAAAUGUAGAUUGAGAGGUUUGUGUCCAAAAUUUCAGCCAUUUCCUUUGCCAUAUUCAAAAGUUACAGCGCUGAAAAGCAAAACUAGGGGCUGUACAGAAUUCAAUGGCGCACGUUCUACUCUAUCAUUGCUACAACAAAAAGUACUGCACCGAUUCACAUAAAAUUGUGUAGGUGCAAUUAACCCAUCUUAAGAUGUUAUUAGGCCAAAUUUGAGAAAUUUUAAUGUAUAUAUUGUAGAGUUGCAGCUGUAUUUAUCUGUCCCGAUUAUUGCGGAUACAGGCUUUAUUAAAUCUUUGGAACAUUUUACUAAAAAUUUAGGUACUUGCAGUGCCAUAUUUUGUAAAAAAAUAUUUUUCCAGAGCGGCCGAAAAUUAUCCAAACAGCACAUGCUUUUCUUCAUCUAUCGUAUAAAGAAUGCAAAACUUCGGAAUAAAUGAAGUUAUUUCCGGAUGUUACGCGAAAAAUGCAGAAUAUAAACAAACAUCAACUGCCAUUUCACAUUAAUAGUGAACUGUCGGAUGAAUUUUGACAGGUAAAUGAACCAAAACAACUUGUAUUUUCAUGGUCACUAAUAUUACAAGUGCUAAUAAUAUUAGUGGAAAAUUGAGCCUUUAUGCAACACAAAUUAUUAGCACUUGUAAUAUUAGUACUUGUAACUUGUAACUUGUAGCUAAUAUUAUUAGCCCGAUUAUGCUACAGGGCCCAGAUGGACCAACGUAUGAUUAUAUACUUUAAAAAAAUAUUAAAAAAAGGGAGAUGUGGUAAUGAUAUUUCUGGAGCUCGAUUUAAAUAUGUCGUAUGUGCUUUUGUCGAUAUAAAAUUCGAUCAGUUUAUUUUAGUUAUUGUAUCAAUAUGGAAGAUAUUUUUGAGACUUUUAAUGAUGGAAAGGAAAGCCUAUUUUGUGAGGAUUCUGCUGUAUGUAUCAACUUUGUUCAAUUUCAACGGUUUUCGCUACAAUAAGUGAAUCCAACUGAUCUAAUUUUUAAUCGACAAAAGCACAUACGACCUAUUCAAAUCGAGCUCCAGAUUUAUUUAUUUAUAUUAUAUUUGUCAUUUGUAUGUCUAUUGUCUGUGACGCAUUGGUUGUCUAUUUGUCUAUGGAAAUGUCAUAUUGAUGAUGCUCAUAAUAAACAAUAAUAGUAAAAUAUAUAGAAUGUGUUACAUUAUUUUGGUUAUUGAAAUAUCACACAUACAAACAUUUCAGAAGUCCCAUACAAAAAGUAUGACAGGGGGGGGGGGUGGGGGGUGGGGGUUGAAAAUGGUCGAUUUUUGCGUGACGUAAUUUAUGGACGUUCCGUAAUAUGUACAUUAUAUAUUUGGCUAGGCAUUACUAGUAGAAAUUCCUGUUCUAAUGCAUUUAAGUGAUAGAGCGUAGUCGAUGUGCACCUUCCUGAAAUAAACGCAUGUUUCGUACACUGAAAGGCGGCUUGCAGUAAUGACAAGCACAGGGCUGUUACAAAAGUGUCGAUUUGAAAACCGCAAAAUCCGCACCAAGCCAUUUAAAAUCCGCGCCGAGGUCAUCAAAUCCGCGCCAGUACAAAACAUGGCUCUGAUGACUCAAACUCAUAAAAAGCCAGAAUUUUUAACCCUCUACUUCCCAUGGUUGCUCUAGAGCACCAUCGAUUUUCGACGAACUCCGGACAAACGGAAUUAGAUGAAUAUGAUGCAAUAAUUUUUAGAAUAUGGUUAUAACCUCAUAAGGUUAACCCAACUACUACCUACCCGGAUAAAAAGUUACCAUUCAUUACAUGGUAAAUAUUAUUAACAUAUGACUGGUUUUAUUGUUCACAAUAAAACACAUAGUAGAUAUAUUGUUACUUUCAACAAUAGAAAUCAAGCCCAUAAAGUUCGAACAAUAAGUGAACAUUAGCUUUAUUAGUGACUAAUUGAUUCGAUUAUUUUCCAAUAGUUCUAUGAUAAUUUAAAGUUACUAUCAGUAAAAAUUAAUUUAAGUUAUUUUCAUAUAGUUGCAAAAGUGCCUACAAAGUUCUCAUGGACUUUUUAUUAAAAAAGAGUUUAUUUCUCAAUUACACUUGAAAACAAUUCGUAACAAACAAAUAACAAUAAAUAUUAUUGUUGCUGGGAUCAUGUUUGUAUAAUCAAAUACAAAAUCACUUGACAUAUUUUUUUAUAGUUUUCGUUUUAAAUUUGAGUACAGUAGAUGUUUCGGUUAUCGAAUGUUAUUCGCUAAAACUUCAACGACUGACAGACGUCAAGCCGUGUUGGCAGAGGAAGCUCUCAAUGAAUAACUGAGAAAUUACCCAUGUAACCACGAUGCUGAAGCCUUAUUGCAUGCAGAUAUACGGUGUACUUAGAGCAAUAAUUACUUUACAUGUACUUAUAGAAAACUAGCUGAAAAGUAGGUUUUAGCCAAGUAAGAACGUUACGACAAGAAAAAGAUGAAUAAUGAUUUUACUAAUGUUUUCCAAUAAAUUAAAGGAAUCUAGUAAAUAGUAAACUACCAUUGAUAACAAUACAAAUACAAUUUGUUUAAUGGGGUCAAUUGAACCGAUGUUAAAAUAAACAUGCAAUAAUAUUUGUUGUUAUGUAAACAUAUUUCGCCUUUGAAAAAUCAAAGAAUUCACAUUUCUCGGUAACAUUUUUCUUCAGCAUUUACAUAUACUAAUGGCCAUAUGUAUUGUGAACGAUUUAUGAUAUGGAUCAUACGACCUGAGGUCUGACUUGUGAUAUUUGGCAGUUAUUUCAAAAGAUUGAUGAUAGAUAGAGAUCAACAGCUGCCAAGCAACACAUAUCAGACAGGCAUCAGAGUGUUUGACUCUUAUCAUAAAAUGUGCAUAUCAUUCUGGCGGCCGUUAGUGCUCAAAAUGCUGGAUAUAAAUGUUAGCGGGAAAUAUAAAUUCUAUGGAUUUUCAAAAGCGAAAACUGCUUACACAAAUAUUAUUGUAUUUUUAUUGUAACAACGAUUCAUUUGACGCCAUUCAAUUAAUUGUAUUUGUAUUGUAAAAACAAUGAAAAUACAAUAAGAUAUAUUGUUUUCUUUUGAAAAUUGCCCUAAAAAUGUCUCAUAAAAACACAAUACAUUCUAUUGUUUUUCGCGUAAAAAUGUAUGAAAAUUUUCUCAAAAUUUUAUGGUUAAGAUACAUAACAACCACCAUUUUUUAUUGUAAAAGUGCCAUUUACCAUUCGCCGAAUGGUAUAGUACAAUAGGGGUGAUGGUGAAUAUGCUGUGCCAAUUACAAUAUUUUUAAUGGUGAAUAAUUGUCAUAAAAAUGGAGUUGUAACAAUAAAAUUUAUCGUAUUUUUAUGAUACUUUUUAUCAGGGUACUUGUUUCAAUAGCUGAACUAUUGAUAAACAAUCAAAAACCUAUUGAUUUACAACCAAAUUUUUUUUCAUUGAUUUUGAAAAAUUUAGCCAAUUUGCAAUAACUUUUGUUCUACCACUUUUUUCGGAAACGUUUUUUUGGCAUAGAUAUUGUCGUUCAAAGUCGUGGGAAGGAAAGCGUUAAGAGAAACUCAACUAUUCAUGACUUUUGGUGCACUUCAGGCGAAGAGCAUUUCUAUUGAUAAAUUGAUUUUCAACUAUUACUAAUAACUAAUCACUACUAUUCUAACAUAGUCUGACCAAUUCUACAUCAAACGAAAGUUUAAACAAGGCUAGUUUUUUUUUUAAUUGUAAUAAAAAGUUUUGGAUCAAUAGUUCUUUGCUUAUCAAUCAGGGUGUCUACUAUUUUACAAGAAAAAAACAGUAGUUUUUACGAAACUUUUAAAAUAAUUUAUAAUCAACAGUAUGAUAGAAAUUCUGAAAUCUAAAAAGAUCAUUUGAAAGAAUUGCAAGAAUUUUUUCAGAAACUUCUUGAGAAAUUCAUGCAUUACUUUCUGCAGAAACUUUUUUGUUAAGAUGCAAAUGGAGUAAUACCUACACUGAAAUAAAUUUUGUUGUCGAAACUACCGAUUCCAUAGUAAAAUUACUAACCGUACCUAUGAUUCUCAACCGACAACAAAAUCUGUUAAUGUAACUGAAAUAUGCUUAAAAUUACAAUGCAUUGUAGUAAAUUCAACUAAAAGCAUAGUCGUCUCAACAACAAAACAUUUGUCAAUUUCUUGAUUUUGCUUUGGCUGACCAAGCCAUGUGGGAAAUUACACUGUUGAAAAUGCUUUGACAUCCAUGUGCACAACAGAACAUGUGCUCGAUGAACAAAUUGAGAUUUGAAAUUAUGAAAAGAAAUCCACGUACCCCGGUGAGACUCGAACUCACGACUCCCAAUUCGCUAGACGGGCGCUUCUAUUCCUUCAAGCUACGGAGUCACUCGACUAUCUCCGUCGCCAGCAGGCCUAGAACUGAACUCGAUUCCACUAUCAAGAAAUCAAGAAAUUGACAUUUGUAAGGUGCUACGGUCACCCUUACCGUAUUCGGUCGGCCGAGGACCGACCCGUCGAGAGUCCGACUGCACACUAAUUGCCAUACCAAUAAGUGAUUGGAAGGCAGUGCCCGAAGCUCUCGACAAUUAAAAAUAACUUCCUCUCCCGCUUUGACAUACAUGUGCACAACAGACAAUGUGUUAGAUGUUCAUCUAAUCCCAUCCGAAGGGGGUUUGGAUUGUGAAAAGAAGAUAACCAUGUGCGAUAGUGGAAUCGAGUUCAGUUCUAGGCCUGCUGGCGACGGAGAUAGUCGAGUGACUCCGUAGCUUGAAGGAAUAGAAGCGCCCGUCUAGCGAAUUGGGAGUCGUGAGUUCGAGUCUCACCGGAGUACGUGGAUUUCUUUUCACAAUUUCAAAUCUCAAUUUGUUCAUCGAGCACAUGUUCUGUUGUGCACAUGGAUGUCAAAGCAUUUUCAACAGUGUAACAAAACAUUGUUAAUUUUUCCAGGACACGCAUUUUACAACACAGUAUGGUUAACAAUACAAUGCUCAUUUGUUAAAUUAGGACUAUUUUUGGUAAUGUUAACUGCACUGCUAGGUAAGUUGACAGUGUUUUUGUGGAAUUAACUGGAAAUUGUUGUCGGUUGAGAAUCAUAGGUACGGUUAGUAAUUUUACUAUGGAAUCGGUAGUUUCCACGACAAAAUUUAUUUUAGUGUACUAGGGUAACUUUCCAAUUGAUGCACAGCUAAAAACUUGCAUGUUGCAUAGGCGAUUUUUUAGCCGUGCAACAAUUGGGAAAUUCCCCAAGUAAUUUUUUAUUAAAUCACCACUAUAUGUUAUUUCUUAGGGCGACAUCACAGAGAACAGACAUGCAGACUAGAACAAAUUUCAUUCAGAAAGUUGUGUAAGGAUUUGAAUCUUCACUUGAGUAAGGUUGCAAACCAAUACACGAUGAAAACACUAACGCUGCCAAACACCAUAUUGCUACUACAGUCAGUGGUGAAUUGUAACAUUUCAAGUGGUGAAUUAAAUUAGUAUGAGAAAUGACCCGAUUGCAGCGCCACGGUAUUGCCACUUGUGUUGCCGAUUUCGAAUGACCGUUAAAUUCCUUACACAGUUUCGGAACUGGACUUGGAUGUCUGCUCUCUGUGGCGAUAUUUAUGUAAAAGGAAGCAUUUCACAAAAAAAAAUGUCUGGCAAAUGUUCUGAUCAUUACAAUUGAUACAAAUUGAUUAUAUCAUUAAUGAUAAGAAUGUUUGGUCACACCACAUCCUUGGCAAUUAGGAUUGGAUGGAUAUUACAGCAAGAAUGCCCUUAGUCUAAGGAUUCCGAAAGCUUCAAUAAAUUUUUCAAGUGUUCUGCCGAAAAAACCUCCCAAAAUUCUACCCUUUAAUAACUGUACCCCUCUCAACGGGUGUUCCGAUCGGAAAUCACAGUAUUAACAAAACAAAUCGUUUCGCAAGUAGUUAUAACUGAUUCAGGAAUUUCGUCAAUUCCGUCAAUCUGAAACUCAUUCAUAAUGAAUCAAGAAAUUCUUGCAUGUUUAAAAAAAAUAUAUAAUCUAAUUCUAUCCAGAGUUUUUAAAGUUUUUUUUUUUCAUGGAAUUAUCUAAGAAUGCAAUCGUAUAGAAAGCUCCAGGACGUCUUACUUGUAUCUUUUUUUAUUUUGAAUUCUUACGACACACACAGUCUACCAAACCAAUGAUUUUCUUUACGAGAUUCGGUUAAUUUUGACUACGAAAUUAAACCAAAUAUUUCCAAAGCUUCCGGUAGACGUCUCUUUGCAAAUUCCAUAAAAAAGAUUUUGGAAUCAAUUAUUUCAGAAAUCUUGCCAUUCUAUCUAAAAUUUUAGCCAAAAAUUGAUUUCGGGUUUAAGGCAGAAAUAACUUUAAUAGCUUGACUAAGAAAUUUAGCGUAUAGUGCAGUCACAGUGCAACUUUAGCAUUCCAAGCUAGGGACUAUUAACAUUGAUUUUAAUUAAGCACAAAAUUCCAUAACACUAAUUUAAAAACUUUUUUCUGGUUUCUUAUAGCUCCAGGUCUAAAUUUGAUGUAAGUGCAUUUGAAAACCACUUCCGCAAAAUCUGCGCCGAAAUUAGCAAAAACGCGCGAAAUCCGCGCGAAACGCAAAAACCGCGAAAAACGCAAAAUCCGCGCUACCUGUAACAGCCCUGCAAGCAUAACAAUGUUUUUAAAUUUACCAUGGCAAAACAUGAUCAUCCCACCAACGCUUCUUGUGUGCGUUGUGUUUCUUCGCAUCUCAACCGGUUCGAUAGCCGAGUGGUAGUGUGCGAGCCUGGUGAUGUCAAGGUUAUUGGUUCGAAUCCGGUUGCCAGCAGAAACUUUUUUUAAUUGAAAAUCGAGUCCAUAGUAAAAUUGAAAACAUAAUUCUGUUGAAUUGAAACGAAAAUCAGUCUGCACAAAUUAAGUGGCGUUGUGUAUUUAAAUUGACCCUCAGAAUAGUAAUUUUCACCGCAAGCCGCCGUUCAGUGUAGGUGAGUAAAUUCGGUACAUUCAUCACUUGAAUCUUUUUUAAAUAGUUGGAUCUCCUACAAGACGCUACCACUCACUUUACGCCCAACGCAAAUUUCAGAUUGGCUUGCAGCCAAUUUAAUUAAUUUUUAGUAGGUAUUUGACCAAUUUAAUUUAUUUUUAGUACUUGAGGAGCCUAAUCGCUUUCAAAAAUUAGCUGAAUCGGAAAGUAGCUGAGAUCGAGGCUGAUAUAUUGCGGUUGGCGUAAAGUGGGUGGCAGCUUCUUAUAGAAAUCCCAACAGUUACUGUACUUUUGUUUUAUCCGUUUCCACAUCAAACCAGGAAAAAUAUCAACUGCAAAAGAAAAUCUAUAAGAUUUGUCAGAUAGAAGUUUCCGAAUAUUAUCUAUUUACAGUUCUUGUGCGAUUUCAAAAUGCAGAAUGGCUGAACACAGAUUAUUUUAACUCACUAAUAUAAGGUAUUGGUUCCCUCAUUAAGCAUGUGGCUCCCAUUUUCAUACGAAAAACACCAGGAUUGAAGCGCUGUUUGUUUUGUUUCUUAUUUUUUAUUAGAAGUAAGCACGCAUAUGUUCCUUGGCCUGAUCAAAAGUUAUGUACUAACAGGCUACCGUUUUUAAUAAAAUACUAUUACUAAAUUAAAUAACGGAAUCAAUCGAAGCCGUAAUCGAUUGUUUUGAAUAGGAUGAAUUUAGAAGCGUGAGAUGACUUAUGGCACUCACACCCUAUUUAUUAUAUCAAGCGUAGUUUGCUGUGAGAUUUCAUGAGAAGCUUUUAAAAUAGUUCAUCAUCAGGGCAAUUGAUUUUAUUUUGAGAAUGAGCAUGAUUGACCGCCCGCGGUUGCUCCUCUGUUAUUGCAAGGACAACUACAUUUACACAAAGAACCAACAGAUGAUGCUUGGGAUUAGCUUUCUCUUCAUUGUGUAAAUGCUGGAAUCCCAAUACUUUUCAAUAAGCAAUACCAGCGCCGGCCGCGUCCGAAUGCAGGUCAAUUGAGGAUAGGGAAGGAAGUGAUGACGUGAUUCUCGCUUAGGCCAAUAACCGAGGAAUUCUCUGCGUUACUACGAGAAAUCACUAGGAGUUUGGACAGGGGAAAUGGAGAUGUGUUGAGGAUUUUGCCGUGGUAAACGAGUGUAUGAAAGAAAAUUAUUUAUUAUCAACUGAAUGUGCAUUUGGAACUAGCGCCGACACAUCACGUGACGAACUUUUCAAUAUUUGUUAGAUAAAUACACAAAAACCAGAGCUGCAGCAUCUUCCACUAACUGGCCUCGAAAUUACACUGAACUGCUACAACAACACACGGGUACGACGAUGUGCACAUUCAAAUUGUCGACGACAACGCGCCCGAUCCGAAUGAAAAAAGCGGCACUUCCUUUGCCUCCAAAAACACACUAAACCGCCUCGUACGAAGAUGAGUACGCACACAGGACGACGACGCGAUGCAACGACGAACCAAGACGGGCUGAAAUGUCAUCCGCUGCUGGCAUCACACGACCGACUCGCACAAAAACUAGUUUUUUUUUUCUCUAAAAGCACGCACACAGAACGACGACGCGAUGCAACGACGAACCAAGACGGACUCUCAUGCAACAUUUGCUAUUGAGUCAAAACAUUUAUUCACUUUGACUAAAAUAUUACAAAUGUCCCCAAGUAACCAUGACGCUUUAUAUAGAGCAUUAUUUUCGCUUUAUAGUGUAUUAUAUGACAUGCGAUAUAAAGUUGUUUUGUCAUAUAGGCACCAUUAAAAUAGGUUUAAAGUCGAAAGUGGCGCUACUAUUGUUGAUUUACAGCAAGCUUUACUGUGGUGAUUGCUAAAGCAUAUAAAAUGCUUGUACCUUAUAGCUAAUGCAAUCAAAUCGCAUGGAAUGCACACUUAAUGCAUCAUGUCAAAAAUGAAAAAAAGUAUGUUUAUCAUUUUUCUAUCUAUUUUUAUCUUCCGAUACUCUCACUUUGAUGUUUUUUAUUGUAUUUCGGGAAUUGAACCUAGACUGCUGAAACUGACCACGAUGAAACUCGGACGCGCUAAUGCUGUGUGCUACGAUACCAUGUAUUUUGCACCUGGAAAAAUGUGCAACAUAAAGUAAAGUAUACUUAGCUAGUGCCUUAUUGAGUUGUGUUUUCAGCAACUCUAAAAAAUGUGCCGGGGUCUGAAUGCCAUCAGUUAUGUUACUCUCGAAUAUAAAUUCGUCUGUGUUGAUUCUGUUUUUUUUUUUUUGUUUUCAUAUGUGCUCACUUCUACCUAAAAUACAAUAAAUAAGAAACAAUACAAACAGCGCUUCAAUUCUUCCUUUUAUGAAAUCGGGUUAAACAAGGAAACCGAUACCCCACAUAAUUUUUGUUCCCUCAGCAUCUGAUUAUUUUCAUGUCCCAACCAGAAACCCAAAAAACCAUACAUAAUAUAAAUUUUCACACAGCAACAUCAGAGCAUGAUAAUCUAAGUGCUCCGCAGCAAUCCAUGAAAAUUUUGGUUUGUUUUGAAUGAUUCUGUUUCUAAAAGUGUUUUACAGUUUUUUUUUUCGAACUGAGCGAUAUUUUUCUGUUUACAACGAUGGAAGCUUUAGUAAAGGCACAUAUAAAGUAAUAAAUGCUUGCAUUAUUGAUUGCUGUGGUACCUUGUGGUAUGCACAUAAUAAAUUAUUGUGUUACUUCAUUACGUUUAGCGUGUAUGUUUACAUUGAGUAUCUGUUAUAUGUGGAGAUGUUGUUAUUGUUGUCUGGAGUGUGAAUCAUUGUAUGUAAUAUUGAAGUAUCGGUAAUAAAGUGUAUACAAAUAAUGAAUACAGUUGUUGAAUAAUCAUUACAGAGAAAGAUUCUCACAUUGGCGACGACAACGGUGAACAGUGCAUGUGAAAUUAGUUUAAUUUCGGUUCGGGAAGUGUUGUCUUUGGAAAAAGAAAGAGAUGAGUGGUGUGUGUGGUGCAUGCAGAGUGGUGAUGACCUUCAGGUGAUGACUUGUGAUUGAAUUUCAACAUUGGAAGCAAAAAGGUAAAUAUUGUGUAUUGAGGGAUGUGCUCAAAAGUGCACGCGGCCUACCGCUUCCGAAAGGUACGGCCGCGGUUUUCACUCCCUUUUUACUUCAUCCUUAUGGGGAGUAACAUUGCGGCGUUUCCUACGGUGCGGCUGUUCCUUUCGAAAACGAUAGACCGCGUGAACUUUUUUUGCAAAGUCCCUUUUUGAAACAUUUCAACGACCGCGCGGUGUUUACGUUUCAAGAAAUCUGGCAAUACUAACUGUUGAAUCAAACAAUGUAUUUGUACCUUCGGCUAAUGACAAUAAUCAACCUGUGAGAGAUUUUGAUGGUGAUCAGUAUUGUUUAGUUCAAAUCGAUGACAAUCACUAUUGUCAGAUAAAGAAAUAAAGAACUGUGAAGAAAAUCCAAGUUUUGUUGAUUGUGAUAUUGAUACUCGUUGAAUAGGGUUGUUGUCCUAAAUCUAGACUUAAAUGCUGAAUGAUGAAUGAAGCAUUAAUUUGUUAACCGGAUGGCCGAGGAAGGCGUAGAGGUGAAACAAUAUUUUGAAAUCAAAUUUUGCCGUUGUUGUUAAAAGCCAGUGAAAGCGAUGAAAGCCAAUGAAGGCGAUAAAAGCUAAUGAAGGCGACAUUCUCGAAAUAGCCGUAAAAGGCGGAAAGGAUUACAGAUAGAAAAGCCGUUGAAGGCGGAAAGACUUUUCAAAAGCAGGAAAGAGCCGACUAAGGCGAAAAACUGUCGAUGGCGGAAAGUUCCGUCGGAGAGUGAAAAGCUGUUGAAGGCGGAAAAAGCCGUUGAAGGUGGAAAUGCCGUUGAAGGCGGUAAGACCUGCAAGGCAGAUAUAGUCGUUUCUUUGUAGAGCCGUAUAAGGCGAAUUGUGUUAUUAAAAAUUAAAGUACUAAAAGUACGCAACAGUGUCGUAAAUUUCGUAAGAAACAGAUUGCCAGCCAACGCAGAUUUAAGGACUGUUUGCAGAUCAGAAGGAAUUUCUCGGCCUAUCUUGAUGCAUGGGAAAUUCCUUGGCUGAAUCGCUAAAGAAACCGUUUUUUCUUCGAUCGCAGUACGCAGUUGCGAUGAAAUGACAGUUCAAAUGGCAGUCACCGUAGAAAGUUUCUGGAAUCGUUCUAGCAGUUUCUUGAGCGAUUUCUCUUGAACUCCAAUCUGGGCUUUAUAGAUAAAUUUAACCAUUACAAAUGAAAUUUCACACCAAUUAAGUUGCAGCUGAGAAGGCGAAAGACAAAACUAAACUUCAGGCUGAGCGUGACUAGAAAACCAGGAACGAAUAGUAUUUGAAUAUGUUCCAAAUGCGAAUAUAACUGAGCAGAUACUGAGAUUGUUGUGGACCCACCUCAGGUGAUAUAUAUUGAAGUUAUCAUUGCUCAGUAAAGUAUAAUAAGUCUACGAGACGUAAAAUGGUUGGCUCUUGAAACCAAAUUAACAUGAAGACAUGAUUUAACUAAUGCCUUGUCCUCUCUUACAAGACUAAAAAUGUAACUUCAAGAAAAUUAACAUCAAUGUGUGAGAAUAAUUAAACUGUCUUGGUAGUUUGCAAGAUAGGAAGUCAAAAUGACAGUUAAAGCAUUCGUUGAAGCUAGACGACAUAUUCAGAGCAGUUGCUAACCACUAACCUGUUAAGUAUCAUGCUAGUCAAAUGGCUAGUUGAAUUGGAUAUUUAAAAAAAAAAUCGAACAAUAAAAAAUGAACUUUUCGGCUUAACUAGAAGUCUCUCAGGAAUUCGAAUAAAAAGCGAUUUAUAACCUAUUGAAUGCCACUAAAUGUUAAUGCGAUUCAAGUACAGUGAGUUCUUGAGUAAUCACUUCUGAAGUCCUUGAAUAUAAAAUGUAUCGGGUGUGGUCAGGAGGGGCAUUUUGUCUUAUGAUUGCCUAACACUGGAUAUAGUGCCAUUUUUGCUAAUGAGUGGGCCAUCUUGCCAAGAACUGUGGAACAAGUUAGAGAACAAGGUACAGCAGUACGCUCAACAACAAAUUCUGCACAAUAAUUUCCUUACAGGAAGAAACAAAUUUUGAUCAGUUAAAGAAGUAUUGAAACUAUUAAUGAGGAGAAUAACGUACAGUAUAUCAAAAGCACAAGAUAUUGGAAUAAUAAAAGAUAAUCAUUUCUAUAACUACAGGAAUAUAUAUAUCUAAUGAAAGCUGGAUUAUGAGGUUUGUUUUUCAGUCGAGCUUAUUAAGAGGAAACAAACCAUCAUCGUUUAGCAAAAACUCAAAAGCAGUUUUCUCGCUGAAAUCUCAACCAAUGGGUAUAAAAAUUUAUCACUGUACUCUGGCCACCAUAAUUUUCAAUGACGGUUUUGUGGCUUAGAGUAAGAAAACUGCCUUUGAAUAAUUGAUGAUUGCUGAUGACUGAAUGAUGGUUAUUUGAGCCUUAAUGCAAACAGCUACCAUUUACUAACAUGUUACCUUGUUUGAAUUUUUAGAUUUCAUACACUGAAAAAACUGCAAAUAUUGUAUGCAUGUGUCGCACACAUAGAUUUUUGCAAUAUUUUGGAGGUACACCAUUAAAAUAAGUCCUACAGUUCAGAACCCAAAAGAGCGACAUCAAAGGAACAAAUUUUAUGGUUUUUUAAUGUUAAAAUUGGUUUGAUUGAGCAUGCGGGGAAAUAUGCAUCGUAGAAUGUAAACCUAUUGAACGACCAAACCGUAAAAAUAAACUCAUUCAGUUUGAAAGGUAAAUGGUAAAUCAUGAGAAUUCCGAAAUUAUCGGAAACAUAAUUCCUAAAAACGUGAGCACCUAUAUAGGUGAACCGUCGAAAAUUGCUCCAAUAAGAUGAUCGAUUUAUUUUGUUACCUGGAGAAAAUUGCUUUGUAUAUAUAAUAAUUGGUUACUACGAUUACGUUUUCUGUUGGAAGCCGAAGUGACUGGCGGUGCGAAAAUUGAUAUUUAACCUACUUAUAAACAUAGCAACUCGAUUUAGAUUAGUGCUAAUAGUCUAUUUUAUGAGGCUCGUCAAACGACAGAACUCCGCGCUCUGAUGUUUACGUUUUCAAUCAUCAUCCGGUUGAUGAUGGUUAAUGACUGCGCGCAAGUCAAGCGUAGUUUUUGAAACUGGCUAAAACAAUAAUUAGAAAUUUUUAUUUAAAUUCUUUUCGGCAAGUUAACGAGUCAAUCGCAACGAAAAAAAUACCUGAUUAAUUUAUGAGAUUUGUAUUGCUUCUGCAACUGCUUUUGAGCCUUUUUUGGCACCAAUUUCUCAUAUCUCCAAUUUGUCGCACAAGUACCUUUUCAAAAAUUACACGAGAUUCCAGCAAAACAAACGUGCGGGGACUUCUGUCAGUUGACGCCGCUGCUGCGAUCAGCUGUUCUGAAACGUCUCGUAAAAUAGCUUAUUUCAGCUCUUAGUAGCUUAAUGAUGCGCAAUACCAGCAACCGGUUCAAAUUUACGUCACAACUGCAACUUUGCAUGUGCUUAAAUGCGUGACUUAGAUUUGGUACUGCGACGAUGAUGUAUGUAUUAAGAAUUUGAGAUAAUUAUAGGAUUACAACAUGAAAAACAAAACAAAGAAUGCAUAUUAAUAUUCUACUAUACUUUCAGCUAGUGCGGGUGCGAGUUUUGUGAACAAUAUGUAUUAAAUAUAAUUCAAAAACUGGAUGUAUUCAAGUUUUAAAAUGACUAUUUAGCUAAAACUAGUAUUACAAAUAUUGCUUUGGACAAGUGACGUUUUUUGAAAUCGUGAUUUAAAAAAAGUAUCAAUCCCUUCGAUAUUUAAAAAACAAAAUCUAUAAAGCCAAACUGCUGAAAAUAUUCUGAACAAGAAACGAGUUCCAGCGAAGUUCGCUAGAAAAACAUAAAAUGAAAUAGUGUUUGUAUGACACUUGGACACUUUGGAUCGAAAACGAGUUAAUGGAUAUUGAUAUUUUUUUCGACAUAUUAGUUAAAAAAAAUGUCUGAAUAAUAAUCUGAAUAUACAUACCUUUUGUAUGAGAUUCUUCUAUGAAAGGACAUGUCAAAAAAAAAAAUCAGUAGGCAGUAUACAAUGUUUGGCAGUAUACAAAAGUUUUCAAUGACAGCUAGAUUGAAAACAUUUGAGAAGAGGAAAGCAAUUCAAUUAAUUCAUCAGCAAAGGUAAUAUUUAGCUUGACACUCAGUAUUAAAAAUAUUUUGGGAUUUGGGAAAAUACUUGGGUCAAAAUAAAUAUUUCUUUUUAGGUACAACCAUAAGUAACAGCCAAGUAAUUUACCAAAAUGCCGAGCAGAGAUGGAUGACCAAAUGGAUGACUGUACUACUAAUUCUGAUGUGAGACUGAAGCGAGACGUUCAUAAACUGAGGAGACUAUAAGCGAAAACAACGUGGAGUGACCUUGCUACGGAUCUGGAGAAAAAACGAGAUGUGGUACCUUGUGGUAUGCACAUAAUAAAUUAUUGUGUUACUUCAUUACGUUUAGCGUGUAUGUUUACAUUGAGUAUCUGUUAUAUGUGGAGAUGUUGUUAUUGUUGUCUGGAGUGUGAAUCAUUGUGUAGCGGCGUCGGUGGUGUAGUGGUAAGCGUGGUUGCCUCUCACCCCAGUCGGUCUAGGUUCAAUCCUAGUCGACGCCGUCGGUAUUUCUGAGACAAAAAUAUCUGAUCACGCCUUCCCUCGGAUAGGAAGUAAAGCCGUAGGUCCCGGCCCAUGUGUUGAUGGGUUCGAUAUGUAGGGUGUCAGGUGUGUGUGGAUGUCUCCCUGACCGUCCGUGUUUAGGCUUAGUACCAGAAAUAGGCGGACGUUAUGGAGCCUCGUAGCCGUGCGUUGUGGAGCCUCGUAGCCGUGCGGUUAGGGUCACCAAGCUUCUAAUCGCACCAUGCUGUGGGGUGAGGGUUCGAUUCCCGCUCCGGGCGAUGAAACUUUUCGUGAGAAUAGUUUCUUCUCCGUAUCCAUUGGUGCAUGCUCCGUGUGUCCCUUGUCUAGUGUUAAGUUUCAUUCAGUCUGUGCAGCCUUUGGCUGAAGACGGUGUCCGCGUCUUUUCUUUUAAACUAGAGCUGAUGCCGAACGGUGUCGGCUCGCCAGAAAUAAGAAGAAGAAGAAGAAGAAUCAUUGUAUGUAAUAUUGAAGUAUCGGUAAUAAAGUGUAUACAAAUAAUGAA